AUGUAUGCAACGAGACUACUUUCCAUGUACAAAAAAAAUCCAAGUGCUCUCUCAGAUCCACCACCAUCAGGGCCAAAUUCAGGUUAUCUUGUGAUAUUUGAUGAAGAAGCUCAAACCUACUCUUGUUUUGGAUUAUGGAAGAACAAUAGAGUCAAGGAUUUUCCUUUACCUCAGAACAAAAAUUUAACCAUCAUGUAUUCAGUAGGAGAACACACUCAUUCAGAAAAAGCUAUGUUCAUUCCAGUAUUGAAUCAGCCACUGUCUUCAAAUCGAUACUAUGUUUUGAAAAGGAAGGGGAAGAAUCAAGGGCAAGCUAGCACAAGUUCAAAGGAAGAGGACAAGGCCACAUGUUUAUGCUGCAGUUUUGUCCGUGAUGUUAAACCAAAGCCUUUGGAGCCUUUCGAUGAUUACCAACAGGUUGAAAUAAUCAAAAGACGUUAUGGUUUUCGUGCAAAAUCGGUUGCCUCAGAUGGAAUUCCUCCUGGUUUAUUAAGGGAAAAAGGAUGGACACUUCAUUCAAGCACUCCCUACAACUACCAUUUAAGCCAAGCUUUGGGCUCAAAUGAUUCCUUACGCUCCAAGCUACCGGAUUUCAACUUUCCGUUGUCUAAUGAUCGUUCUGAAUUAGUGGUAGUUGGGAAGUGGUAUUGUCCUUUUAUGUUUGUGAAAGAAGUAAUGAAAUUAAAAGAGCAGAUGAAGUUGUCGCCGUUCUACGAGCUAACACUUGAGCAGAGAUGGGAGAAGAUAUUUACAAAGGAAAAUAGUGGAGAAGGAGGUGUGCUUGUUGAUGUUAAUAUUCAAACAGAAGUUGCAAAGAUUGCAGGAAAAGACGCUGUUUGGGAUGAAAAUAGAUUGGUUGAUGGAGUAUUAUGGUUUAAGAGUGUUGAAGAAGCGGGAGAAGAGAGUGUUGGAUUAAGUUUAGAAGUUGUUGAAGGAAUGAAAUGGGAACAAGAGAGAUUUGGAUGGAUUGCUGGGAAGGAAAGACAUGUGAAAGUAACAAGAUUUGAAGAGUUUGGUGGAACAAAUAAUUGGAAUAAAUUUAGUUGUUAUGUUUUGGUUGAAAGUUUUUCUUUGAGGAGAAUGGAUAGAAGAUUGAUAUUAACUUACGAUUAUAGACACUCACAUCAAAUUAGGAGCAAAUGGGAAUGA